GAUAUUUCAGGACAUUGAUAUUAUGACGUCCGAUAUUGUAUUUUCGGUCAACAAAAUUCAUAAAUCUAAACAAACCAUAUUUCAAAAUUCCUGUGUGCCUGUAACGCAAUCUUCAUUUCCGCAGAAAAGUCGUUCAUCCAGAAUCCUAACAAAAUUAUGGGACAGAAAGUACGAAAACUUUCUCAUUGUUCCAAUCAACAUGAUGUACUAUGUGUUUGAGAGCCCGUAUAAAAUCGUAGUUAAUACUGAUGGCGAGUUUACAACGUAUUCCAGCACUCCCCGUAAAAUAAUGUGUGCCAUUCUCCACACAAUCGGAUUAUUCAUUUAUUGCAACGAAGUCCGCAAAAGUAACCUGUCUCGAACCACCACAAAUCCGGUUGACUAUUUGAACGCUUUUCUUAAAACCACGUCCUGCAUCCAUCACAUCAUCUUUGUCCAAACGGUGUGGAGUAGAAAGGCACAAUUUUUGAAACUUGUCCAGCAUUUGGCCUCCAUGACGAGAAAUGACACCUUCCGAGCUGUGAACAAUGGGAACAAAUUCCCAUUGUCCACAGCUCCACCAAAAUGGGUCAUCAUCCUUCUGACCUACCUUUUCCCAGCGAUUGCCAUCAUAUCGACAAUCUGCCUCCAUGGCCUUCCACUCAAGGACGACACCCUGGUCAAGGUUUUUGUCGAACUGAGAGGAUCAUUUUUCGAAAAGCGAUGUAACCUUGAGCGGAUCACAGAGGAAGAACGUCAACAUGAGCACGAUAUCGAAUACGCGUCCACUCCUGUCAUCUUGAUAUCAUACUUUCUCCUAUUUUCCCGAAUUCUCUUAAGUUUCGUUACUGACGCUUUAAUUUCAAUGGUCAUCCUCUCAUUUUACUGCGCCGUGUCAAAUUUAAUGGUCGAAUUGAGAUCAGAGUCGACUAAACUGAUGAUAACCGUUGACAUGUUUAGCGAACUUCGAAACGAGUAUGAAAACCUGACCCGACUUUGUGACCUCGUCAACUCAUCGAUCAGUCGUCUUAUGUUAACUUACUUGAUGGAGACGGUAUUUUUCUACUCUGUGUAUUUAAAAGAGUUGGCUGUUUUGGAUGGACGCUGUAUUUCUGUUCAGCUUUGGAUUGGCUUUCUAUUUGGGACUUUUUGUGCGGUUUUUUACCUUGCGGCGGAGACUAGCAGCCAGAUGGAUCAAGCUAAAAUUAUCCUAACUAACUUUGACGUGGGAGGAAUUGACCAAGUAGAACUUGUAAAUGUGAGGCUUAAACUGCAAUCGAAGACUUUUGCGAUCAGUGGAAAUGGAAUUUUUCAGCUAAACUAUUCGCUAGUUUCUGCAGUGUGCAGCACCAUAUUGACGUAUUUCAUUAUCAGUGUCCAGUUUCAAGUCCGUGGUUGACGUUGUUGAUGUCACACAGCAUUUGGGAAGCAAUUCAUCAAUUUCCGUUGUCUUGUUCCUCCUCCCAGUUUAGAGAUGACUCGAUAUGAACACAUUGACUUUGUUGCUCAAUUUGUUAUCUGCUAUGUACGUAUGUACAUACAUACGUAGAAAUAAUAAUAUGCAAAUUACUUGCUUAAUAUGCACUGCAUACAAUUUUUUCUUCUAUACGAUUCAAUUCCCUCUCGUCUGGUCUGGUCUGCCUGCCCAAUUUGCAUCAUCAUUUAAUCACUUUGUCCAACACUUAACGACGAUACAACAAUGUGUAACUUAAUAACGAAUGAUCGGUUGCCUUCUUAUUGUUGGCCAGUUUUUUACACUGAAAUUCCCGUACUUGCACCCGCAUAAUAAUGCCUGCAUUGUGUAAAACAACCUGUUUUGUGUCUCCUAUAGACUAUAGAGUAUCAAAAGCAAUAUAAUUCAAUAUCUUGUAUAAAUAAAGGUAUGCAUGACCCCGGUUGUUGACUUUUUGCAUGCUCAGUUGGACCCUGCUGUCAGAGUUUUAGGUGGUGCGUGGAAUGAAUAAAAAAGCUACCACAAUUUCCUCCUUGCUUCUCCGAAUUCCAACUGCAUGCGAAAAUAUUAUUUUGCACGUGACGUGAUGAUUUUUCUGAAAAUAUUUAUUCGAAUUGCUCCACGAAACGUUAUAGCGAAUUACAUUAUGAUCUAAUCCAGUAAUAAAAUUAUUAUUAAUUUCAACAACCCCCCUAUACACAACUCAUUCACGUAUACAUUUCUAUCAAUU